AUGUGCAUAGAAAAACCAAGUAAAACGCAGAUCACCGCAGGCCGGCUAUCGGGUCCAGCGGCCUCAGAAAACCCAAAUCUCCAUCCACCGGGAUCACAGCCACUACUGCAGCCCGGGCAGAUUCCUCCUCUGCGCCGAAAAAAGCCCAGUGGUGCUGAUCCGUUUAUCGAGCUGUAUGUAAAACGGGACUGCUCCGAGUUAUCUUUGGAUGUGGCCCAAACGCAGCCGUUCUGGAAGUUCCAUGUUCUCAAGUUUGGCCACUGCCUUUAUCUCACCACGAACCCGACCUUGCGGCACUUGCACUGCCGAAAUGCGCCCGGGUACUUUGUCCAAGUUUGUGACGGCCCUUGCGGAUUCUCCAUGAUAUUUGAGGAUAUUUCCACGGGCGAAGAACUAGUGAAAAUCGAUAAAUUAACAGACCGUUGCAGCAACCAGUUCAUGUUCCACGUGCGGAAAAACAGACACGUGAAAGACGGCCGAUUUCAAAAGAGCACAAGGAACGGUAAUGCUGAGUCUCGUGCUCUAGAGCCCAUUCCUCAAGAAUUGCUCCCGGCCACUCCAACUACGCCGAUGCUCAGCUACUCUAGCCAAAUGAUUGACGGGCUUCUGUGGAGCGUCGGGUCACUUCCCCAGUACCGCGAGUCCAGAAUCAAGUCCCAGGAAAUCAAAUACAUCGCGAAGAAAAACGUGUACUUUCACCGGUGCUUUGGCGAUAUAUCCCGAUAUCCUGAGUAUGAUGUGCCGCCUGCAAUGGCUGUCUUCCGCGAAUGUGAGUCUGGGUCGAGAAAACGAGCAAUGAGGCAGUUGAAUCGGUUUCUGCAGGCGGGUCACGAAUUGUCUUCUAAACUGCUGAAACUCCCUCCUGCCAAUGUUUCGCCUUAUGCCGAAAUCACGCUGUACUACAAGGGUGGGGACGGAGUGUAUUUCGACAAAGUCCCUGCUGAUGACGAGCCAGAUCACCACCACAAACUUGGAUGGGUCACAGUUUACGAUGACCCGCAUGUCUUUAGCAAACAGGGGAUGUUUGAUCUAGUCGUGGCAUUGACCACGGCCAUUGGCUACGAGAGGAAUCUUGCAUUCGAAGCCAGUAACAGUAACUCUUCGUGA